UCACACGAAGCAAUUACUAUAUAUAGUGAGCAUUUUUUUCCUAUUGAAAACCUUUAAAAAAAUAGAAACGACAACAGUCAACAAAAGCUCUAGUUGAAAUUAUCAUAUAAAUCCAACAGAUUUUAAUUGUGAUCGAAAAUUAUUGCAUUUUAUUGACAAUAAAAAAAAAUUUCUUAAAUUUUCUCACGUGAAAAAAGAGGAAACAUUCCUUAAAAUUUUUUUUAAAUUUAAAAUCAAAAAAUUAAUUUCAAUAUCGAACAUGAAAUGUAUCAUUUCCUUGAUUUUAUUCGUGUUGUGUGCUUUAAUUAAUAAACAUCAAUUUUCUUCUGCCAUGGAUAAUAAUUACAAUUUAUUGGAGACUAGUUAUGAAACUAAAGCUGAAGCUGAAAGUUUCUGCAUAACAGGAAAACACCUGUCUGGAUGGAAAACACCUGCCAAAGACUCAAUUACCGAUUAUUAUGUUUUUAAUUGCAAAAACAACCCUAGCAAAAAAUAUUUUUCAUUAAUGGUGCCAGAUGAAGCAUGUGUUGAGUUAAAAAGUGAUGGUCUAUUCUACUGCAGCAAUCGAGAAUAUCAAUUAAAUUCUCGCAGGAUGAUAAAUUAUCGCAUCAAGAACACUUUCUUUUCAUCUGAACGAUUAGCUAAAGAUGGAUGCAUCAUAAUAAAAAAAAAGUUGAAAAGAAUUUCCCUUUUCACCUCUGAGAAAUGGAUAAAAAGUACUUAUAAAUGUAUAACCGAUCCCAACAAAAAAUAUUAUAACUGGAAGGAGGCAGGAGAUGCAUGUGUUACGAAACAUGGGGAUGCAUUCAUCUGUAAUCGAUUUUCUUAAAUGCACUAUCCUUAAACGCAUUAUCAAAUAAUUAAUUAAAAUUAAUUAUUUAAUAAAUAAAUAAAUAAAGUAAUUUUUAAAAAUU